GGCCUUUGGCCCCGAGUGACCAUGGGCAGCGUCAGCAGCCUCAUCUCAGGCCACAGCUUCCAGGGCAAGCACUGCCGGGCCUCCCAGUACAAGCUUCGUAAGUCCUCUCACCUAAAGAAACUCAACAGGUAUUCAGAUGGGUUGCUGAGAUUUGGCUUCUCCCAGGACUCGGGUCAUGGCAAAUCAAGUUCUAAACUCGGCAAGAGCGAGGAUUUUUUCUACAUCAAGGUCAGUCAGAAGGCCCGGGGCUCCCACCGAACAGACUACACCUCGUUGUCCAGUGGAGAGAUGGGGGGCCAAGCUGGGAUGGACUUUGGCACACCCCCAAAGCUUAUGCCUUUCUCCAAUCAGCUGGAGCUGGGCUCAGAAAAGAGCAUUGCAAGGCCGACAGCAUUCAAGCCUGUGUUGCCAAGGUCAGGGGCCAUUCUCCACUCCUCCCCACCAGAAAAUGCCAGCCAUCAACUGCACCCAACUCCUCUGGAUAAAGCCAAGGAUCAGGAGCUAAAACCCACUCUGUGCUCAGGGGCACUGUCUGACUCGGGCCGGAACUCUAUGUCCAGCCUCCCCACUCACAGCACCAGCAGCAGCUACCAGCUGGACCCCCUGGUGACUCCUGUGGGGCCCAUCAAUCGCUUUGGGGGCUCCGCCCACAAUAUCACCCAGGGUGCCAUGCUUCAGGACAGCAACAUGAUGAGCCUGAAGGCCCUGUCCUUUUCUGAUGGGGGCAACAAGAUUGGCAACCCGAGCAAAGGGGACAAGGCUGCCUGCAUCCGCUCGCCCCUCUCCACGGAUGAGUGUACCAUCCAGGAGCUGGAGCAGAAGCUGCUGGAGAGGGAGGGGGAGCUGCAGAAGCUACAGUGCAGCUUGGAGGAGAAGGAGCUGGCCUCCAGCCAGGCCUACGAGGAGAAGCAGCGGCGCUGCCAGGAGGAGCUGGACGGACUGAAGCAGAAAUGCAGCAACAAGCUACGGCAGGCCUCCCAGAAGAGCCAGCGGACCCAGCAGGCUCUGCAGCUCCAGGUGUUCCAGCUGCAGCAGGAGAAGAAACAGCUACGGGGAGAACUGGAAAAUCUCAUGAAGGAACAAGACCUGCUGGAGACCAAGCUAAGGUCCUAUGAGAAGGAAAAGACCAACUUUGCUCCUGCCCUGGAGGAGACCCAGUGGGAGGUGUGCCAGAAGUCAGGUGAGAUCUCCCUCCUGAAGCAGCAGCUGAAGGAGUCCCAGACAGAGGUCAAUGCCAAGGCCAGCGAGAUCCUCAGCCUUAAGGCACAACUGAAGGACACUCGUGGGAAGCUGGAAGUGAUGGAGCUGAAGACCCAAGACCUGGAAAGCGCCUUACGGACCAAGAGCCUCGAGCUGGAGGUGUGUGAAAAUGAGCUGCAGCGCAAGAAGAACGAGGCGGAGCUGCUGCGGGAGAAGGUUAACUUGCUGGAGCAGGAACUCCUGGAGCUACGGACUGAGGCUGCUCUCCUCCGUCAGGAGCGCGGCCGCAGGGGUGAUGCCGCCGAAUGGGAUGGCGCCUCCCCAGCCGCUGGACCAGAGGACAUCCCUGCCUUGCAGAGGGAGCUGGAGAGGCUUCGGGUGGAGUUGAAGGAGGAGCGGCAGGGCCACGACCAGAUGUCCUCCGGCUUCCAGCAUGAGCGGCUGGUGUGGAGGGAGGAGAAGGAGAAGGUGAUCCAUUAUCAGAAGCAGCUGCAGCAGAGCUACCUGGCCAUGUACCAACGUAAUCAGAGGCUGGAGAAGGCCCUGCAGCAGCUGUCCAGGGGGGAGGCGGGUGCCGAACCCUUGGAGAUUGACAUCCAGGGGGCUGAUGUCCCCUAUGAGGAUAUCAUUGCCACUGAGAUCUGA